UUGGUAGCUAGGAAUAUGUGAAUACUUAGCAGUAGAGAUGAACCGAAUAUAGGUAGGAUGAAUGGAAGGGAACUGAAAUAAGGAUAAUGAAGAUAUUUUCCUGCCUGUGUCUGCUUUAUCUGGCUAUUUCUUUAACAGCCACUCCUCCGAACAUCGAAGUCACGUAUAAUAUGCGAAACUUGAAGUUAUCAAGGGAUACAAAGCCAGGGACCUCCAUAUAUCGAUUAAGAGGUUUCGACGCCGAUGGCGACGAGUUGAAAUUCAAUGUUCGAGGCACCAACGCCGGAGAGCUCUUAGAGGUACGAUCUGUCAGCCCUACUGAAGCAAACGUCAUCCUCAAAAGCCAACCAGUGCGAACGCAAUACGAAUACACAAUAUUUGUUUCUGACGGAAAAGAGACUUCAUUAUUCCCUUCAACCAUUGUGUUCACCGAAGCAACAAGAGUUCCCUCGCCAUUUCUAGAAUAUGAACCCAUAAUUUCAUUGUCAGAGAACACUCCCCUGAACCAAGUGAUUAGUUACGUCGUUGCUAAAGAAAAGGAAAACAGCAAUCUGCCUGUGUCAUUUGAAAUUCAAGGAUCUGACAAAUUUACCAUCAAGUACGUGUUUGGACCACGAGGAAGCAGUAAAGCAGAAUUGAAGAUUGUAGGAGGGCUAGAUUUUGAAGAAGCUGAUUAUAUUAAGUUGAAAAUUCUGGCGCUGAACGCCUGGACCAACGUGACUCUCGACACAAGAAACAUUGCCACAGUAGAUGUUGUAAUCCUUGUUCAAGAUAUCCAAGACAGUCCACCAGUUUUCCAGCAAUUGCCAUCUGUUGUUACUAUUUCUGACACAAUAAAGUCUGGUGCUACCUUAGUUGAUAUUCGAGCUGAAGAUGGAGACACAGCAAAUAAGAAUAACAUAACAUACAGCAUUGAUACGGACUCUACGUUGGGAUCUUUUUUUUCCAUCAACUCUACCAAUGGUACAAUAACCUUACUGAAGAGUGUAGAAGAAUUGCGAAGAGAAUAUGGUUGUUGCAGUCCUUUAUUACUGGGAGUCAAGGCUACGGAAGUGUCGUCGUCGAAUCCAUCAGCAGAAACUACAGUGAAAGUAUCGUUUUUAUUGGAAAAAACCGACACUUCAAUUCCAUAUCAUUCUACAAGCAAUGCUGCAAAUUCUGAUUCAAGUAACACUAUAAAUCAACAAACAAAUAAUAUUCCAAGCCAAUCAACAAUAAACAACCCAAACCGUGCUCCACGAUUCACGAGUGAAAGUUAUGUUGGAACGAUUCAAGAAAAUAGUCCUUCACAAACUGCAGUACGAUGGGAAGGCGCUGUAAUUCCUCGUGUGAUUGAUGAUGAUAAGGGCGAUGACGCUAUGUUCAAGCUGUUUUUGGAAGGUGAAAGUGGGACUUUUCAAAUUGUGCCGAGUUCAGGGUCAGGCGUACUGGACUUUGAACUUCUAGUCAGAAUCCCAGCUAACCUGGAUUACGAAAACCGGGAAACCAAAUACAUAGACAUGACGGUUGUAGCUCGUUCUUCUGAAACUCUGUCGGCUAGAGCCAAGAUUAGGGUUAACAUUCUUGAUUCGAACGACAAUAUCCCUCAAUUUUCUAAAGAAACGUACGAAGCCACAAUACAAGAAAACGCAGCACCUGGAACCUUUGUGACAAGAGUUUAUGCAACAGACGUCGACACUGGCGACUACGGUAAAAUUCGCUAUACAGCAAUCAACGGACCCAUCGCGGAAUUAAUGAAUUUGGACCCAGAUACAGGAGAAGUUACUCUGACGUCAUCACAAGGCCUGGAUAGAGAAAAUGUGCCACAGUAUACAUUAACUAUUGAAGCACGUGACGACUUGGGUCGUGGAAAUAGAAAUGUCACCCAUCUUGUGAUUCGUCUUCUGGAUAUUAACGACAACAAACCCGUGUUCGAACAACCACGUUACGACGCCAUCUUGAAUACAGAUUUGAGCGGCUUUGAUCGAAAAAUAUUUAUCAAGGCUGAAGAUCCUGAUGCAGCCGGAACCACCAAUAAAUUGACCUAUCGCAUCUUGAAUGGACCUUAUAGUGACAGGUUUAGGAUAAAUCAAGCAACCGGGGAGUUGACUAUUACGAAACCGCUUAUCUCAGGCAGUCAGUCUUCAGCAACUCCUGUUGUCCUAAGAGUCCAGGCUGAUGAUGGCGGCUCGCCACCUCAACAAACUACAGUGGAAGUUCAAAUUCAUACACAGGAUUACCUUAAUCGUACAAUUCAGUUUAUCAUUUCUCGACCAGUAAAUGACGUCAGAGCAAACAAGGAUAACGUAGAGAGAUCUCUGAGUAAGUUAACUGGAUCUCGAGUUAACAUAUAUGACCUGGAACCUUUGGAAGGACAGAGAGAAAAGACUGUAGCAGAAGCCUGGGUAGUCUUCCCUCAGAACUCUACAGUCAACACUGAAGAAGUGCAAAGUGCUGUAAGUAACAUUAACGGUCGAGAAUAUUCCCAAAAAGAAGAAACCAAGGAAAGAAUGAUAAAAAAGAAGGAUUACGAUAUUGUUUUAUGGUUGUUGGUUGCCUUGGUGAUUCUUAUCUUGUUGAUCCUGUUAAUCCUGUUGAUCUGCUGUUGCUGCUGUCGUUGUUGUGGUUGUUUUCGCUUCUGUAUCUGUUGUCGAUGUUCUGAAUGUAGCAGAGAAUGCGAAUGUUGUUUAACAGAAGACGAAAAAAGCCACUCGCGAAUCCAUCCCUCAGAACGGGCAGUUAUAAUCCAAGAAACCGGUUCUAUGGAUGAAAGUAAUGAGAAAAAAAGAGAAGAUGGAGUUCUUCAGAAAAAAGGAUGGAAGGAUUACAACACUGACAACCAGAAAGUGGAAAGAGAGAAUACCAAUAACAAAGAAUAUAACCACAGAAUUACUUCAGGAUCACAUCAUAGGAUAACUCACUAUUCUGAUGGUUCUGAAAACAAAAGGCAUUCUGGCAACGAAGAAAAUAUGACCAGAACAAAAGAGAUAAUCUAUAUUCGAGAUAAUAAAAAGGAUUCUGGUGUUCCUGUUUAUCCUAGACGGAUUGAAGAAGAACGUGCAUACCGUGAAGUUGAAGUAUAUCCAAACACACGACCUGUGAUUAAACACAACUCAAGUUAUUAUUCAGAUUCCUUUCAUCAAAAUGGAAAUGUUCGUUCUCGGCAUGAUUCCUAUUCAUCCUCUGGACGAGAUAAUGGAAGUCAGCAGCUUAACUUCUCUCGUUAUCACAAGACAGGGAAUGUCCAUCCAAACACAAGAAGUGUUUCAUCUAGACAGUCUCUUUAUAGUGGAAAUAUGGUUUUGUCUGAUAAUCAAACGCGAAAUAUACAAAAAGAUCAACAAGAGAAGAUCAAAACUGUAGACUACGAAGAAUACUGGGAAAAGCGAUAUGGGAAAAAUAAAGAGGGAGAAAGUCGUCACUUCCAAAAUAUGCAACCAAACCAUAGCGUCAACGAUAUAAGAAAUCCUGAAUACGUGAGCGAUUCAAGAAGAGAACAACAUGAUCAUUUUUACAACAAGAAUCAAAAUGCACCAAUAUCAAUAGAAAUGGACGACAGAAAUGAUGGGCGUAUAUCGCAGACAAACAUUCCUGGAAACCAAAAUAAUGAAACAAUAAUUCGAGAACGUAUUAUAAUAAGAGAAAUCAAAGAAAACGACGAUCCUGAGAAAUCCAACGUUUUACAACACGAGGUAUCAGCUAUAGAUCCUUCUGAGUCUCAGAAACUGAGCAUAAAGCAGUCAGAUGAUGAUCGCAUCAACACUGAGACUAAACGUGGGAGUUUAGAUGAUGAAAAUGGUGGAAUAACUAACAAGAAUGUCACAGGUCAGCUUCAAAGUAGUUAUCAUCAGCCUUCAGAAGAAGGUUUUCGUGACGAUCAAUCACAUCAACAGGACGGUCAGACGCAUACUGUAUACAAAACCCGGGUGAUAACCAAAACCUACGUCACAGACAGGGAGUCUCCUGAGGAUAAUUCUUUUUCUCCGAAAUAUCAAACUGUUGAAUCUCACAACAAUACUAAAACAAACCCUGAAAUAUCUUCAUCCAACCAUGCAUCUUCUUCGGUAACACACACUCAGGGAUCUACUGAAGAAGCAAAUAAUUCUGUCAAUCCUGAAGAUCGAAAGACGAAAGAAAAUAUCUCAUCAGACAAUCCAGAAAAUUAUUCUAAAUCAAUCCCUUCUUUACCAUAUAACACUGAGAAUGGCGUUAACUCCGCCUCUUCAGUUAAGUCUGAUGUUCAGAUAAUCGAUAAACCAUUGAAAGUUAAAAAAGUUCCUCGUUAUAUGGAGUGGUAUAACAAGGAGAAGGAAGAAAAAGCUGAAAAUAACAGUUCAAAUUAAUUACAUAAAUUAUUAAAUCACCCAGUUAACCCAAUGUUUUUCUUUCCAUCGUUAUAGUUUUUAGUCCAACAUUUUGUCAUAACUUAGGCUAGAAUUUGUUUCCAUUAACUAAUGAGAUAUUUAUUCAUUCCGAGAAAGCAAUAUUUCAUUUCAUUCUAUUAGUUUUCAACGACGGUGAGAAAAAUGCCCCUAAUUUUAUGCCAUAAAACGGUUGACAACUUGUUACCAAUUAUGUUAUUGAAACAUAACGGUUGGUUGUAUUUAAUAUUUUUGUCUUGUUAUUUACAGUACAUAAGAUUAUUAUUUACUUUAGCUCUCUGUAACUCAUGGACAAUAAAUCAUGCCCUUUGAUUACGAGUUACAGAACACGUGAAACGAAAAGGAAGCUUGCAUAAAAAUUAAACGAUAUAUUUUAAGUGUGAAAAGAAUCAUGUUUGGUUGCAGGCAUUUCUCAUGGUAUACCUUUUAAAAUAGUAAAUUUUUGAUUCUGUAGUCAACAAAAAGUAAACCUGGACUGAUAUUUUGUGCAUACCCUGGUUUUAAAUCUGUGAUGGAAUAAUUAAGAGAAAUGAGGCAAAAAACAUUUACAAUCAAACGUACUUGUUAAGCCUAAUGAAAGAAGUGAAUCUUGUAUUAACACUGAUAUCAACUAUUGAUUUAUUAAACUCAUAAAAUACUUUACUUUUCUAACAUCUCAGUCCACAUCAUAAUGUUUAGCUCCUGCAUCUUUCAUGUGAAAAAUCUGGUCUAUAAUCAUAAUAAAUAUGUUUUCUUGUUUGUUGGUAAGCACAAACAAAGCUACACAAUGGACUAUCUGUGCCCUACCCACUGCGGGUAUCUAAAACCGGUUUUUCGCAUUAUAAGUCCUCAGACUUACUACUGAGCCCCUUAUGGCAAUGAAAAUAUAUAUAAACUUGUUAUAUCCAUUACAAAUAUAAUUAUUAGCACUUAUAUCAAGCAUAUUUAUCAAGAAAUAUGUUUUUACUCACACAUGGACGUUUCACUUGUCUCCAAUUAAUCAAUUCAUUAUCAGUAAUACGAGUGUUCAAGAGGUCUCUAGCAUUAAAUACAUUUUUUAUAGAGAAAUCUGAAAGAAACAUGCUUAAGGUUUAUUGCUGAUUGUUCUAAUUAAAAACAAGAAAAGAAAACAGUCCGUUUGAAGCUUGUUGAAAAUGAUAGUUUAAAGUCAUACAUGUACUUCUGUAGGCUAAAACGGAUGUUUAUAAAACAUGGUUGAGUAACGUCUGUUGGAUGACUUUAAAGAUUUGGGAGGUAGGAAUUAUCGAUAUCUUCUGAUCAAAGCGAGCUAUCAACGUGGAUAAUUAAGAUAGGAUUAGUACAGCUAAUUUAUUAUACCGUUCGGAGUUGGAGUAUUAAUAUCAUCAGUUGAGUGCCUUCUCUGUUUCGGUAUGUUCGAUUGUAAUCCCCAUAAUGCCUAAUGAG